AUUAAUGUCGAUAUCAGACGUAACAAUUGAUGUUAGUAUACUAAUAAGUGUGGCGUUCUAGUUUAACACACUGUUUAUAACAUGCGAGUCUGCUCUUAUGCUUCUUACGCAAAGUUCGUAUCCUGCGCAAACAGCGCAUUCAGCGGAAGGUCGUUUGUUUUCCUCAAUGUGGUUGAUCUUAGCGUCGCUGAAAGUGUUAGAAACUGUUAUAAACAGUUAUUAUCGAAGUGAAAACACUACAUUUUAUUGUAACCGAGGAUCUAAGUGCUGUUUCUGGACAACAAACAGCUGGUUCGUUGUUGCUGUGUCUUUUUGGGGGCAGUUUACUGGGUCUUUACGGAUUUGGAGAAGAAACUGGAAGCUCUGGAUAUUUAAAGUUGCAUGUUGGAGAAAAUGUCGUCUAAGUCGAGCUCUAACAGCGUGGCCCUGGCGAGGAGGACGGUACAGCAGCUCCGGGUGGAGGCCAAUAUCGAGAGGAUAAAGGUGUCCAAAGCUUCAGCUGAUCUCAUGCGCUACUGCAGUGAACAUGCCAAGUAUGAUCCCCUUCUCAUGGGCAUCCCGGCUUCAGAAAAUCCCUUCAAAGACAAAAAACCCUGCACUUUACUGUAGUCACCGUCCAUCGUCUUCUCCCUUAUUUAAUUAACAUUGCCACUGAACACUGCCUUAACUCCACACCGUGUUAACAUCAGUCAGCUCUAAUCACAGACGAACACGAGCAUCUGUGUGUUGGGAAUAACGUACUGUGUGUGUUUGUUGUUUAAUGCUGAACAUAAUGCAUUCCAGGGAAUUUGAGCAAAAACUGUGCCAUGAAAUAAUUUUGCCCUCAGUAUUGAACUUGUGGAAGUUGUUUGAAUCUUGAAACAUGAACUAAAAAUAUAAUAAUUUCAAUUAUUACGAGCGACACAUUUAAAAUAGCCGGUGAUAUAGUUGUGUAGAAUUUUAGAAUUUUAGAUGUGCUUUUAUAUGAAACACUAAACAACACAAUGAUUUUUACUAUAAAAAGGAGUGUGUUACCUUUAAAGAGGCCCACACCCCUUUUUUAAAGUUUUUUUAGUAUUGACCAGUGAUGUAUCUCUCUCUCUCUCUCACACACACACACAAACACACACACACACACAGUGCACAAAUACUGGUGUAAUACACAUUUGAUAUGACAAGGAAAGUUUAGACUUGGAUAAUAAAGCUGAAAUCACAAAGUGUCUCGCACUACAGUACAUACCACAGUGUUCAUUGUACUUGAAGCUACGAGAACAUCAGAUUAUAUCGUUAUAUCUGAUUACAUCUGAUUACAUCACACUGCACCUUUCACAUCUCAGUGCACCAGAGAAAAACACCUCCUUUGUCCCACUGACCUCAAACACUCGACUGUGUCACCUCGGCUUGUUACAUGAACAAUUUAGGACAAGUUAUAGUUAUGUUUUUUUUUUUUCUGGAGGUCGCGAUAUUGUUGGAUUUCCGUGUACAGUACAGUUUGUGGGAAUAAAGGAUGAACUGAAGAACUAUCA